GGUUUUGACAGCUGCGCUCUCCGCGCUCUCCCACUCUUGGCGAGAGCUAACGGUGAAAACUCUCUUGUUCCCCUGCAGUCGUGUAUUUGCUGUCGAGCGAGUAGAGAGCACUUUCUUUGGGAGUUUAACUAUCCAGCGCAACUGUUGUUUAUUUAUGAGAGAGCGCCAGUCGUGGGAAAAUUAAGUGAUUCAACGCCCAGAUCAAGACCAGAGAACCAACUAAGCCACCAAUAGGCCAUCAUGGGUAACGAGACCUCCCUGCCCAUGGACAUGUGCUCCAAUUUUGAUGCGGACGAGAUACGCCGACUGGGCAAGCGAUUCCGCAAACUGGAUCUGGACAAUUCGGGCGCCCUGAGCAUAGACGAGUUUAUGUCGCUGCCGGAACUGCAGCAGAAUCCGCUGGUGCAGCGCGUCAUCGAUAUCUUCGAUGCGGACGGCAACGGGGAGGUGGACUUCAAGGAGUUCAUCCAGGGCGUGUCGCAGUUUAGCGUGCGCGGCGAUAAGCUGUCCAAGCUGCGAUUCGCGUUCCGCAUCUACGAUAUGGACAAUGAUGGUUACAUCUCGAACGGAGAACUGUUCCAGGUGCUCAAGAUGAUGGUGGGCAACAAUCUGAAGGAUACACAGCUGCAGCAGAUCGUGGAUAAGACCAUUUGCUUUGCGGACAAGGACGAGGAUGGCAAGAUAUCGUUUGAUGAGUUCUGCUCGGUGGUGGGCAACACCGAUAUCCACAAGAAAAUGGUUGUCGAUGUUUAGGAGCCACAUACAUAUAUGUACUGUAUACAUACAAAUGUACAUAUUGUACUAUAUGUACUGGGUUCCGUAAUGAGUAAUGAGUUUGUGUGUGUACCUUUCCUUCCUUGAAACCUGUUCGGCUUUAUAAUAAACGGUCUGUCUGUGA